AUGCCCAAGAUCACCGUCACUCUCGACUCCGCGGAUACCGACCCGCUCGAUACUGGUGCUCGCCGACAGUACAUAAACGUUUUCUUUGCGACGCUUCCAAUCUCGAGCAGUGUCAUCCAGCAACCCCACACCAAGGCAAUCGAGCUUCAGAGCAAGCAUCUUGCGGGGCGGGGGCUUCGUAAAGUCAGAGCGGUCUACUUUGAGUACCACGUCGAUAAGCAGGAAGACAGGGACCACCGGCUCAAGAAUCUCUCUCGUUCAUGUACGAGGGCUAUCAAGCCUCUGAAAGGCCUAACUCCUUCGUUGGCACUUCUCACCAACCAGCAGCCCCUUCUGUCUGCCAAGCGUUGCCCAGCUACCGACGCCCAAGUGUGA